UUGUUUAAUUAUAGGAAAAAUCUACAAAAUUGAUAACAAUUUCUGUAGCAGCCUUCAUCUGUUAUUGUAACACUUUGAUGGGAUCUUUUGUUUUUGAUGAUAAUGAGGCUAUUGUGAAAAACAAAGAUGUGCUGCCGAAUACCCCUAUUCAAAACAUAUUCAGGAAUGAUUUUUGGGGUACAGAUAUCACUCUCAAUAGCAGUCACAAAUCUUACAGACCCCUAACUAUAUUGUCUUACAGAUUAAAUGUAUUGUAUUCUAAUAAUAAAUUGGAUGCUUUCCAAUUUCAUGCCACAAAUGUGAUUCUGUAUGGAUUAUUAUGUCUACUAACAGUACCAGUUUUUGAACUGUUUCUCAAAAAAUCUAAAUAUGCAACAAAUAUACACGACAUUGCAUACUACUCCAGUUUACUAUUCACUGUUCAUCCAAUACACACUGAAGCUGUUGCUGGACUAGUAGGAAGGGCUGAUAUAUUGAGUUCAGUACUUUUUUUUAUGGUCAUUUUACUAUACCAGAAGAUUCGCACUUCAAGAGGAGAGGCAGUCAUACUUUGGUAUAUUAUUACCGGACUUCUUACAUUUUGUGCUGUUCUAUGUAAAGAAACUGCCAUCUCAGUUUUGGGUAUUUUGAUAAUAUAUGAUAUUUAUCGUGAAAAAAGGAGAUCCAUUAUGUGGUAUCAGCUAUUUAAUUUUCCUUUAAUAUUACGAGCCUUGAAGUUGCUUGUUCUUGGAUUGGUAAUCAUGUUCUACCGUUUCAAAGUCAUGAAUUUUGAAGGUCCAAUAUUUACAAGUAUCGAUAAUCCAGCGGCUUAUGCUCAAAGUAUUUUUACUCGUGUUUUUACUCAUAAUUACAUAUAUUUGUUAAAUUUUUUGUUAUUAGUUUGGCCACAAUGGUUGUGUUUUGAUUGGUCAAUGGGAUGUAUACCACUAAUAGAAACAAUGUGUGAUAUCCGAGCGAUUAUUGUAAUGAUAAUGUGGUUUGUAGGACUGUAUGCAGUGUUUACGUUGCUGAGGAAAAAUUAUCAAAAUGAAAUUUUAGAUGCACGAAUAAUGGGUGUUUGUCUUAUUGUUCUACCAUUUUUACCUGCAGCAAAUUUGUUUUUUCCUGUGGGUUUCGUUAUAGCAGAAAGAACACUGUUAUUGCCUAGUGCAGGAUUUUGCCUUCUAGUCGUUAUAGGAUUGAAAAAAUUACAGAGAAAGGAUGAUAAUAAGAAGAUGUACCUGAUUUUGCUACACAUCUUACUCAUAAUAUUUACUUUUCAAACGAUUUUAAGGAACAUGAAUUGGCUCACAGAAGAAAAACUCUUUACGUCUGCUCUGGAAGUGUGUCCGUUGAAUGCAAAGGUUCAUUACAACGUAGCAAAAAUAGCAGCUGACAAUAACAAUAAAAUUUUGGCUAUUUACGAGUAUGAGAAAGCUAUUGAACUGUAUCCCAACUAUGAACAAGCAAUGAAUAACUUGGCUAAUCUACUAAGAGAAAACAAACAAUUCAAAGACGCAGAACUAUUACUGAGGAAAGCCAUAACUAUAAGGCCCAACUUUGCUGCAGCCUGGAUGAAUCUUGGAAUAGUACUGACGAAUUUAAAUAAACCAGAAGAGGCAGAACACUGUUACAAAAUGGCUAUUAAUCACCGAAACAAAUACCCUGACUGUUAUUACAAUUUGGGAAACUUGUAUUUAGAUUUGAAAAGACCGGAGGAAGCAUUGAAGGCAUGGGAAAUGACAUGUUGA